AUGCCUGCUACACAACCCAGCGCGAAUCCAGCGCAGGAACGGAACCGAGAGGAGAACAGCGAAGUGGAACUGGGAACAGAAUCGGAAGCUGAGAGCUCAGGCGCAGAGGAAACCGACGAAGAAGACCCCGAAGCGCUGCUCGAAGAAGUGAAAGCAGAUCAAGCUAAAGAAGAAGAAAAAGUCAAGGCCGCCGCCGAAAAGCUUGGGGACACAGAGCGUAAAGUAGGUGACAUACGCGGAAAGUGGCACCUCUACUCCGCGCAAUGGGUGGAAGAAUAUGCAAGCAAGGAUGGCCAAGACCUCGAAGAUAACGACUGGACCGACGGUGUGGGAAGCAUCGAGUUUGGAAAGCACCUCAUCGUCGAAGAUUUUGGUCCCUAUGCUGGCAAUAUGGGCAUGCAACUCGAAAUCUGGGGUGGGCCUGUAGACGCCCAUGCGACCACGUUCAACAAACCGAAAUAUACAUCCACGCUUCCCGAAAGCGUCCAGCUCUUCGAUGAGGGUGAAGAAGACCAGAUCUACGUCGAACUCAGGUUUCUCGGAGAUGGCUACUUGGAGUUGCACAUGGAUGGUAUCUACUUUGCUGGGAUUCUGGUCCAAGAUCGGAAAGCUGUGAAGCGCGCAGCCGAGGAAUUCGAUGACGAGUGGCGGAAUUGCAAGUAUACCAGGCAUACGCACCCGUCGAAUAUGCUGGCCGGGUUUGGGGUGCCCGAUGGCUUGGAAGACUCUGAUUCUGGGAGCUUUGACGAGAGCGACGAUGAGGACGAUAACGAAGAUGGAGAAUGA